AUGAAUUAAUCGAAUGCUUCACACUCUUAACUGCUACUGCUGAAUUUAGGCAAACUGCCAUCAAACGCAUGAAUGGAAGCAAACUUGAAGAAUUUGCUCAAAAGUAUUCUGUCAAUUGUACUCUUUGUGGAAUGAUCAUUACUACCAACUUAGAUCAUGAAUGUAUCGUUGGCUAUAAUCUUGGACAAAUACAUUCUGAAACGGUACCCGAAACUUUAAUUAAUAAAGUAUUUUGGGAUAUACCCGAAAAGGUACAACAAGAUGAUGAAGCACGUCUUGCAGCAGUUGAAUUGUUGAAACCAAUUAAGAAUCCUCAAACAC